GACAAAAUCAGAUGUUUAGCAACGAAAUAAAUGACAGAGAAUAACCAUAGCUUUUUGGGUAUAACGAUAAAGUAAAAGCUUGCAAAUAUUUCAUAAGAUCUUUAUCCAUGGGCGUAGUGUGUGGGAGGAUGUUGGGGGAUUAGUUUCUGGCAAUUAUCCUAGCUGAAACUGAUGAAGCAGAGACACAAGGUGAAGCCUCUGAGGUUCAAGUAAGUCUCAUAGUUACAUAUAAAGAUAAAAACUUAUUAUAGUUGAAAUUAAUAAUUGGUUGUACAUGAAUAACACUUACAAUUGACUUGCAAAAUUUUAGAAAAAUCUAUUUACAAGAUUUUCCAAGUUUGGUACCGUAUUUUCGCGCUAGUGAGCGGACGUGUUUUAUUUGGCGGUAACAUGAAAGAACUUGAAAUACUUCACGCUGUCAAAUAACUAAUUUGGUGAACUCUUUUUAUGUUUUUUUUCUUUUAAUUUUAUGUUUUAAAAUGACACAGAGUUUAAAUAAUAUUUAUAAAAAUGGAGAUGAAUAAAGAAAUCAAAGACUUCAUUUUACAAAGCUUGAGUGCUGUGGAAAAUCGCCUUGGUAAAACAAUUGCUGGAAUCCAAGACACAGUAAAAACAGAAAUAGAAAAUACUCUUGGCUCUCGUCUAACAAACAUUGAAAAAAAACUGGUUGACAUUGAAAACUCUCAACAAUUUCAAGCCGACCAAUACGAAACUUUUCGGACACAAGUUGGGAAUCUUAUGCGUGAGAACAUUGAACUGAAAAAGGAAAACGAAAGUUUGGCCUCUCGUAUCAUCAAGCUAGAGAAGAAAGACGAUCAACGUGCUAAAACAAUUGAUGACCUUGAGCAGUAUGGUAGGAGAGAAAUGCUUGAGUUUGGUGGUAUUCCGCGCGAUGAUAAGGAAAAUUGUGAAGUAAUAGUCCUUAACAUAGCAGAAAAAAUUGAUAUCCCACUAAAGGAAGACGACAUCGAAGCAUGCCAUCGCAUUUCACGCAGGCCUGAUGCCCCUAUAAUCGUCAAAUUCAAAUCGAGGAAAAAGAAGGAGCAAUUCAUGUCAAAAGAGUCAAAAACCAAAGCUAAGAAACUUCGCACCACAGAUCUCGGUUACGAUUUGCAGCCCGACCCUAAUAACCCAAACAAAGGAAAAAUCUUCAUCAACGAAAGCCUGACCAGCUGUCUCAAAAACCUACUGCGCCUAACGAAGAUCAAAAAACAAGAAAUGAACAUUAAAUUCAUCUGGACACGAAAUGGCUCAAUAUUCUUACGAAAAGAUGAAAAGGCCCCAGCCCUUAAGGUAAAUUUCAUUGCGGACCUGGAUAAAAUAGAGUGAGAUA